AUGUCAGAGGGAGGUUCCACACAGAUAUGGCUGCGCAUCAAUAAAUUUUACCAAUCUACCCGAAAAUCCGUCCAGAUUCUUGUUAGCUACACUGUAGAUGCUGCAGCUGCUUCCCUUACGUUUACAUCGCUUCUUAAAGCUUCGCUAAUACCCUAUAGCAUUCACCCGGUGGCCACCUACCAGGAGCUCGCUAAUAUUGUCGAGCGCACCAAUCUUGCGCAAGAUUUUGAACGCAGCGACCCUGAGGAUCCUUAUGUUGAUGAAUUUUUUAUCCUGAUUGGUUUGGGGGCUCCUGUUGAGUUAGACAAAUACUUUGAUUUUGCACGUCACGUGGUGGUGGUUUUAGACUCCUAUCGCCCUUUUAAUCUUAGCAAUCUCCGAAAGGAGGACGAGACGCGGCUGAUGGUGUGGGGCAGCAGUCAAAUUCACGCAGAGGUGGAUCAGUUUUUCCGCGAGCAGCAGGCCGCGUCCGCGGCGUUAGGCCGUCGCCGGCAGAGGAGACGCGCUGCCAACCAACGCCGACGUCUUAGGAAAAGACUCAUGAGGACUGAGGUGGGUGAUGACAUUCUUGGCGAGGAUGGGGGCGAAUCCACGGGGCACCGCCCUUACAGCUGCAGCCAAAGCAGCAGUCCGAGUACCAGUGACGAGGACGACAUGGAGAGUAGCGAUGACGACGAAAGUGAGAUCGACAACCCCGCCCUUGAUGACGACUUAGAAGAGGAUCUAGCAGACAGCCAAACCUACAUUGACUGGAUGGAGCCCGAGAAGGUGCCGCCGUCGCUGGAAGCGGCGUACAACGCGGCGGAGUGCGCAGGCCGCAGCUGCGCCGUGGAGGUUCACGAGCUCGCGGUGUUGCUCAACCGGCCGAAGGAUGCGAUGCUCUGGCACACGGCCCUGGGGGUGUGCGACCUGUUUAAUCGCCGCCUGAUUGACUAUGGGAAAUACUUGGUCGAGAUGCGCCCCCUCCACGAUGCGGUGACCUUACAAAAGAGCGUCCGAAACGAUGAGCUCGCGGACAUCACGAAUGAGGGCGCCCAACAACGGCAGCACCGCAGCCGCCACAUCUCGAAUAACACCAUGCAGCUUUGGAAUCGAGAGGAGGCCCAGCUGUUCUUGCUCACCCACACAACGCUAUGGAACGCGAUUUGGUACCACCCUGUCAUAGCCAGCGUCCUCGGUCUUCAUCACGUCGAGGAUGGCGAGAGUUUUGUGCGGCAGUUACUGGCGCGGUGCGGGGUAUCGGUGCGAAGGGCCCAUCAGCCCUGGCGAGAGCUACCCACCGAGGAAAAGCAAGCGGCGCUGCGGCUCGUGCAGGAGGAGAUCCGGCACGUUCUCGAACGGAAGGCCAGCUUUAUCCCAUUUCCAAAUCAGAUUCGCUGCGUUAGUCGGAGUGUUGGCUACAGCACGGAGGUGAGUACCUUUGACGCGUGUUGGUUGUUUGAUAGCAUCAUCGCCGCACCUCUACCGAGCUCGCUUUACGAAGUGGACGCGACUUUGAACGCGGCCGAGUCUCAGGCGGCCGUGCAGGAGCGGCUUCAACGCUUUCAUCGCACCCAAUUCUGGCGCGCGUACGAAAUUUUGGAUCUCGACCCCACCGAGAAGGGCUUUCAAGGGGCUCUCGUGGAGGCCUUGCGGUUGCAGCAGACGGUCGCCAACGCGACCAGUGCGCUGAUGCAGCCCGGGAUGCUCCAGAGCACGACGGGGAUCCAUUGCAUGCUGCCCAACGACCCGGUCAAGACGACCUCCGCGCUGGAGUCGUUCACCACGGUGUAUCGUCUGACGGCCUUGGCGAAUCGUCUUCUCUGGACGCUGACGUCGGAGAGGGGGCUUGGGAGGUACACCCGUGCGGUGCGGCCGCUGCUGCUCUCCUGUGCGGUGCCGCGAAUCAGCCGAGGAGGGGGAGGAGGGGCGCCCUCGACGGGGUUAGCCGCCCUUGGGGAAGGGGGGGUCGACUCCUUAGGCCUCCCAGCGAGCUCCACGUCGGGGGUGGGCCUGCGGGCGGGGGAUGGGGGCGCCGACGCGGCGGAUGGCGACUCCAAAUACCUCGUCCUCCUUGCCCAUGAAGGGGCUCGAGGGGCGACGAUGGCUCCAGUGGCCGCACUGGGGCGCUUCUAUGCGUGUAUUCACGACGAGAACGAGUUCGUGGAGCUACCUCAACAACACCACAUCCGGCGCUCCUGUGUGGUGGUCGACGGUCGAGCCACCGCGGCUCACAUCGCGGAGUGGAUGUACCUGCGGAGCUUGCGGGCUGGGUGGAAUCCUUAA